AUGUUUGCUUGCAGCCACAACGAGGACGACGCCGACACUACAGAGAGGAGCAAAGAAAAGAAGUUUUUUUGCAAAAUUAAGUGGUCCCGCGACGAGGACGAAAAGCUGAAAAAGCUCGUGGAGCAACAUGGCACAGAUGCCUGGAAAGUUAUCGCCAACUUUUUUCCUGGGAGGACAGAUGGUCAGUGUCAGCACCGCUGGCAGAAGGUACUCAACCCCGAGCUGGUGAAAGGGCCGUGGACAAGGGAGGAGGAUCAGAAGGUGAUCGACCUGGUGCACAAGUACGGCCCCAAACGCUGGUCAGUGAUUGCCAAGCACCUCCAGGGCCGCAUUGGCAAGCAGUGCCGCGAACGCUGGCACAAUCACCUCAAUCCGGAGGUGAAGAAAUCAUCGUGGACGCAGGAAGAGGACCGCAUCAUUUACGAGGCCCACAAGCGGCUGGGCAACCGCUGGGCCGAGAUCUCCAAAUUACUGCCUGGGAGGACGGACAACUCCAUUAAGAACCACUGGAACUCGACAAUGAGGAGAAAAGUGGAACAUGAGGGCUACCUGCAGGACACCGCCGCAAAAACGUGCGCGUCGACCCACGGAGGGGCCGGCAAGAGACGCCAGCACUCGCCGCGUCAACCUUUGACACCUCUUGAGGCACCGUGCUGCGAACAGAGCCCCCAAUCAGCCGCGGCACCACCCGACCAUAUGCUAGACUACCAUUCUGAUCCGAUAGAACGCCAGCUGAUGGACUCUUCAGGUUUUAUUUUGCCAACCUGCCCCGAUGAUCCCGACAGAGAGAAAAGAAUAAAGGAGCUCAAGAUGCUGCUUAUGUCAGCCGAGAGCGAAGUCCUGCGCAGAGUCCCAUGUAGCUCGCAGCCGUACGUGAACUGGUCGAAUGGCAGGAGCGGCCAGGAGGUGCGGGUCAAUGUGACGUCCUGGUCAGAGCCGGAGAAUCCGCAGGGAGGCCCCAGCCAGCUGAGCGCAGUCCCUGGCGUGUUUGUAGCUUUAGAGCCCAGCAUGAUGCUCACUACCCUGCAAAGCAUACGUGACUUCACGGAGUCCAUGGAGAUGUUAGACUCGGACCCCUCAGCAUGGAGCGACGUGGCCAGUGUCGACCUCGCUGAGACGGCGGCGGCUCUCUACCAUGACCAGGCCACCUUCGUCUCUCUCCUUCACGAGACGAGUGCUGCCUCUUCCAAAAUGUCCACCUCCAGGAAGCGCAAGAGAGAAUUGAGCGAACCGUCGCCUUUGCGUGAUAGGACCUACUCUUCGUUUUUGGAAAACGUUUCCAACACGCCCAAGGGAACCCCCACCAAAUUGCUACCGUUCACGCCGUCACAGUUCUAUAAUAAAUCAACCUCAGAGCAUCUGAAUUUGGACUUCCCAGCGCUCACCUCCACGCCUGUGUGCGGACAAAAGUGUCUCCUCGCCACACCCACGCACCAGAAAGAAAAUGAUGGUUCCAGAACACCCAAGUUACGCAAAAUGGUCACAAUUCCAACACCGAGGACACCGACACCCUUCAAAAAUGCUUUGGCAGCUCAGGAGAAAAUGCACGGCCCGCUAAAGAUGGAGCCGCAGCCUUUGGCCUUCCUUGAAGAAGAUAUUCGCGAAGUUCUGAAACAGGAAACCGGUGCAGACAUUUUUAACAGAACCACGGCGGUGCAGCCUGACUACAGAGCUUGGAAGGAAAAUAUGGACGGUCCAGCCAGAAAAGUACGCAAGUCUCUGGUUCUGGAACCCUGGGGGGAAGAUGGUCUCUGCGUGGAACUGUUCCAAGAUCAGCUCAAUGAUGCGCAGGUUCCUGACGAGAGUAUCAUAUCCAGUUCGACUGAGGAGGAUAAGGAGACCCCUCCUCCUCCCGUGGCGAUGGCGUCACAUCCGCCUCGCCACUGCAUGGGAAAGAAGCCCCUCAAGCCGGCCAAACAGGUGACUGACACUCAACCAUACAGCGGAAAAGAAUGGGACGCCGUCGUCUACGGCAAGACAGAGGACCAGCUGACCGUCACCGAGCAGGCCCGCCAGUACCUUGACCUGGCGCUCUCUGGCUCCGCCCCCAGGGCUCUUGUGCUCUAA